AUGAGCGCGGCGGGCCGAGCGGCCUCGGGGCGGGACAGCGGCCGCUGGAGGAGCCGCAGCCUCGGGCAGGUCGUCGGCGAAGUCCUGCGGAAAAGGAGGCGAAUCUCCCGGGCAGCGCCUCGUCUACAGCGGCCCCGGGACACGGACACAGGCGUUGACACGAGGCUAAAGCGAGGCGGAGGAAACCUGGUGGAUCACGAUGGCUUUCAGCAGUGGGUGGACACUUGCAGGCCAAUCGUGUGGCUCCCAGCUGGAAUACCCUCUGCAUGGAGACAGCGGAUGUGGGUGAUGAUGGCUGAUCACUAUCUCGACACCAUCGCUGUGGAUUGGGGGAAGACAGUGGAGAGGGUGAUGGCGGGCCUGGACCAGGAUGUGUUGGGAGUGCGAGUGGAGAAGGAUCUGCGCCAGUCCAGCCUGAAGCAAUACGGCGGCGCUGACCUGAAACGUUUCCUGGCCGCGCUCAAGCGCCUGCUGGUGGCGUACGCUCGCUGGAACCAACACACGGGCUACUGCCAGGGAUUCAUCACGCCAGCGGCUGUCAUCCUCGCCGCCAUGGGGAGCGACGAGGGAGCAGCCUUAAAGGUCCUCCUCUAUCUCCUGGACCACGUGCUUCCAGACAGUUACUUUGCCAACAGCAUCAGCGCCCUGACUGUUGACGUGACCGUCUUUCAUGAGCUGCUCAAGAUCCAGCUGCCCGACCUCUGGCAACAUCUGGAACAUCUGUACCGGGCGGCCAAGCAAGCUAGCGAUGGGAGGUGUGUGUUGCCGCUCCACAGUGUGGUCACCAUGCACUGGCUCCUCACCCUCUUCACCUCCUGUCUGCCCAAAGACUCCGUCAUCUGGAUCUUCGAUGCCAUCUUCUUCGAGGGUUCGGAGGUGAUGCUGCGGGUUGCCCUGGCGAUAUGGGCUCAGCUGGCAGAGUGGAUCGGGCGGUGCCAGAGUAUCGAGGAGGUUUCGUUCGGGUUAAGCCGGGAGAUGAUGGCAAGGAAGGUUCUGGAACCCGUGGGACUCAUGCAGGCGGUGCGAUCAAUGGCUGCGUUUCCGUCCCUUAAAGUGAGGGAACUGAGGGAGAAAUACAGCCGUGGGCCUCCGCAGACCAAGCCCAGCGUUGCCAGUGUCCGGCCCAAUGACCCAUCGUUGAGGAAGACAGGCAGCGAGACCAAUGGUCACUGCACCUUCCUGGCUGCUGUUGGUUACGCACAGACACAGAACCAGCAUAACACAGGCAGCUCGGAUUCCCAAUCAGGCACGACACUGCCGUACCCCAGCAAGACCAAGAAUAUGAACCGUUUCCUCGCUGACCAAAGGCUGGAGAAUGGUACCAAGGCCAGGGGUAAUGGAGGCCACCAGCUGGGUGAGACGUCUGAGACGGGGCACAAGGAGCAGAGGAAGAGGCUGCUGGCUCCGUGGUGUUUGCAGGUGUCCCGCAGAACCUUGUGUCGGGGCUCGAAGGGGCGGUCAGCUUGCAGCGACACGGUCAGUUUGCUCCAGGAGACCAACGACGUCUACAAGGCGGACCCUCCCAAAACGGCCGACUCUGCCCGCCCUCCCCCGGAGGGAAGCUGGGAAAAUCCGGGAACGUCCUGGGAUCGGGACGGGAAGCGCUCGGAACCGUGGUGGGAGAGGGAUGGAGGUGGGCCGUCGGCGGUCGAAACGCUGCUCCAAACUCUUCACAUAUCGGAGCAACGACCCGGCCCAUCGCCGGCCCCCCGGACAUCUCCUCGCCGCUGAAGACAAACGCUUCCACCGCCGAUCCGACGGGGAAACGCACCAACGCGCCUCUGCCGGCGAAUCUCUUCACCAAACCCCUCGGUCACAAGAACACAGCGAUCAGAGGCACCGUUCACAUGUCCCAACUCAGCCAAUGACUCGGAGCAUGUGGCAGGGACGGGAGGUGGGUGGCUGAGGGGAAGAGAGGAAAAUCAGUGAUACAGCGUGGAAACAGGCCCUUCGGCCCUACUUGCCCCCACCGUCUAACAUGCCCCAACUACACCAGUCACACUUGCUCGCAUUUGGACAAUAUCCCUCUAAACCUGUCCUAUCCAUGUACCUGUCUAAUUGCUUCUUAAAUGUUGCGAUACUUCCUGCCUCAACUACCUCCUUUGUCAGCUCGUUCCACACACCCAUGGAAAUGUCACCUCCCUAUUAAAUCUUUGCCCCCCUCUGGUCCUCGAUUCCCCAACUCUGGGCAAGAGACACUGUACAUCUACCCGAUCCAUUCCUCUCAUGAUUUUGUACACCUCUAUAAGAUCACCCCUCAUCCUCCUGCGCUCCAAGGAAUAGAGACCCAGCCUAGCUCACACCCUCUAGUCCUGGCAACAUCCUCGUAAAUCUUCUCUGAACCCUUUCAAACUUGACAACAUCUUCUAACAUGCAGUUCUGGGCACCGCAUCACAGGCCCCUAGUGAGACCACACCUGGAGUAUUGCCCCUAGUGAGACCACACCUGGAGUAUUGCGUGCAGUUCUGGGCACCCCAUCACAGUGAGUGGAGGCUUGGGAGAGGAGGUUUACCAGAUCGAUGUCUGGAUGAGGGAGUAUUAGCUACAGGGGGAGGUUGGACAGACUUGUAUUGUUUCCCCUGCAACACUAGAGGUGUCAGGGAGACUUGGUCGGGGUGUGUACAAUUAUGAGAGGCGUGGAUAGAGUAGAUCGGCAGAACCAUUUUCCCAGGAUGGAAAAGCUAAAUAUAGAUGGCGGGGCUUUAAGGUGAGAGGGACAAAGUUUAAAGGAGAUGUGCGGGCUCUUUUGUUACACAGAGGGUGAUGGGUGCCUGGAAUUCACUGGUGGUGGUGGUGGAGGCUGGUACAAUAGUGGCGUUUAAAGAAACAUUAGGAUAGGUACAUGGAUAUGUAGGCAAUGGAUGGAUGUGGAUUCAAGUGGUCUUGACGUCAUGUUUUGUGCAAACAUUGACAGAGGGGACGGGUAAAGCUCUUAGAAUAAAGGGGAGGUCAUUUAAGACUGAGGUGAGAAAAAACCUUUUCACCCAGAGAGUUGUGAAUUUGUGGAAUUCCCUGCCACAGAGGGCAGUGGAGGCCAAAUCACUGGAUGGAUUUAAGAGAGAGUUAGAUAGAGCUCUAGGGGCUAGUGGAGUCAAGGGAUAUGGGGAGAAGGCAGGCACGGGUUAUUGAUAGGGGACGAUCAGCCAUGAUCACAAUGAAUGGCGGUGCUGGCUCGAAGGGCCGAAUGGCCUCCUCCUGCACCUAUUGUCUAUGUUUCUAUGUAAGUGACAGGGUGGCCAGAGAAGAAAAGGCAAAAGGCGCAAGAGAAAGUUCAAAGAGGAACAAAUUGUGAAGCCAGAGGAAGGAAUGUAGGUGGAAGGGGAAGGCGAGGGGAGAAAUGGGUGCGAGU